AUGACACUAAAGAAUGGUUGCAAGAACUCCAUGUGGGGUGCCACUGCGCCUCGCAAGGCUAUCGAAGAUGCUGCUCAUUACUCCCCGAUUGCUGAACCUGGAAAGCAAGCGAAGUGGAUUCGGGACCAAGACCUAAGUGAUAGACUGUGGAAGUGGACCGAGGGGGCUUUGCGGCCCUAUGUGACUUCACAGAGUUGA